AUGCAAGUGUCUGAUCUUCUGGCAAUGUAUCCAGAGGAUGGAAGGCUCCAGAUGACUUGUAUCAGAAGGUCAAGUAAUGAUUACACCUCCACGGCGAGGUGCACCUUUGAGAUGGGCUGUGCAGGCCGCCUGCUCCGCUGCCCUGGUGCUCUCAAUCCGGCCGGAUAUCCCCAGUCACUGGCUUCCGGUGCUGGGACUGAGGCGGAGGACUCGGGGGUGGGAGGAGCCGGGACCCCCGGCGCCCGCCACAGCCAGGGAGGGGCCUGCUUCCGAGUGACUCUGAAUGAGCCGGGUGCUGGCUCCGCCCACCCGUGCUUGCGUCCUCGAACUGGCUUAGCCGGGCGCGUGCGCAGAGCCGGCGCGCCCCCGCCCACGUUUCAAAAAGCAGCGUCACGUGAAGAAGACGGCUCGUGGGGCCUGGGAAAGACAUCUGUGGCUGGUAACGCCACUACUUCAGACAUUAUGGAUUUUCGUUAUCUCAUUUCUUCAACUUUUCUGCUCAUUGUUGCCAUCAUUGGCGUCUGUUUCCUCCUGUACUGUGGAUACAUCUACUAUAUUCACAGGAAGUAUGACCACAUUCCCGGACCCCCCAGGGACAGUUUCCUCUUUGGACAUACACCGUCAAUCCUCAAGCUUUUGGAAAACAAUGGCCUAGUACAUGAUCUGUUUCUGGACUGGGCACAGACGUAUGGUCCCGUGGUGCGUAUUAACAUAUUACACGAUGUGAAAAUUCUACUAUCAAGCCCAGAGUCGGUAAAGGCAAUUCUUAUGUCCUCCAAGUACAAGAAGGAUGCAGAAUAUAACCGCGCUUGUUAUCUGUUUGGUGAAAGGUUUAUGGGAAAUGGUCUUGUGACAGACCAAGACAACCAGCGCUGGGAAAAACAGAGGCGGAUUAUUGAACCAGCAUUUAGCAAACACUAUCUGAUGGGACUAAUGGGGCCCUUCAAUGAGAAAGCCGAGGAGCUGGUGGACAGACUUGCAGAGAAAGCCGAUGGAAAGUGUCAGGUUGAAAUGCAUGAUGUACUGAGCAGAGUCACACUGGAUGGCCUUGCCAAGGCAGCUUUUGGAUUGGAGCUGAAAUCCCUGGAGGAUGAAUACAGCCCAUUUCCACAGGCCAUCUCUCUGGCUAUGAAGGGUCUGACGGAAUCCAUGAAUCCACUUGCAAAGUAUAUUCCAUGGAAGCAGACACUUAUUGGGGAGAUCCAAAGAAGUGUCAGGCUGCUGCGUGACACGGGCAAAGAAUGUAUUAAAAAUAGACAGAAGGCACAAAACCAGCAGGAGGAGACUCCGGAGGAUGUCCUGGCACAAAUGCUUCGCACAGCAGAUUUGGAAAAUGACGGGGGUCUGGAGAGUUUAGUGGAUAAUGUUGUCACCCUGAUCAUUGGAGGGCAAGAAACAACCGCCAAUCUGCUCUCCUUUGCGGUAAUGGAACUAGCCCAAAAGCCCGAGAUCCUGAAAAAGGCCCAGGCUGAAGCAGAUGAAGUUAUUGGUUUAAAAACUGACAUUACAUAUGAAGAUCUUGAAAAACUGGAAUAUUUAUCACAGGUUCUAAAGGAGACUUUGAGAUUAUACUCACCAGCUCCUGGAACAUCACGGCUGGUGGAGGAAGAGAUAGUCCUUCAUGGUGUAAAGAUUCCCCCUGACGUCACUGUAAUGUUCAAUUCAUACGUCAUGGGAAGGAUGGAGCGUUUUUUCCAGGACCCCCUUGUCUUCAACCCAGAUCGGUUCCACCCUGAUGCAGCCGAGCCGUACUUCUCAUAUUUUCCAUUUUCUCUGGGGCCUCGGGCCUGUGUUGGAAAAGUGUUUGCACAGAUAAAGAUGAAGGUGAUACUGGCCAAACUUGUGCUCAAGUUUAAUUUUCAUUUAGUAGAAGGACAGACAUGUAAACUAACAGGUACAGGAAUGCUGCAGCCCCUGGAUGGGGUGUUCUGCAAACUGAGACUCCGCACAAGGCAACGCAGAUCUCUGACAAGACGCACAAUGUGACAGCC